AUUUUUGAUGAUCUAAGAAAAGCAGUUUAAAUGAGCAGAAUGAGUGCUGACGGAACUGGGGACCCGCCUCCGUAUGUCAUACCAAUCGAGGGUGCCGGGGGCUCCAACGUCAAGGUCUACCAUGUGCACACUCCGUUCAGCCCACAAAGCUCCACUAUUGGAGAUUCUGGAAUCCAAGAGAAAUCAUCCACAUCCGUUCAGUCCCAGUCAAAUGAAGGCAAAAACAAAUUCGUCAGCUAUGAUUCAUAUGAGCUGGGCCGCAAGCCAGGAAUGGCCACCUGCACGCACUGCAAUAAGCAGGUCUUAACCGAAAUCGACUACAAAGUGGGAGUUUUCGCCUGGGGGUCAUUCGUACUCUUCAUCCUGUGCGGGUUGGUUUUAUUCUGCUGUCUGAUUCCACUUUUCGCCAACCAUUUCAAAGAUGUCUAUCAUACAUGCCCAAGCUGCACUAAGAUCCUGCACAUUGAAAGGAAGCGAUGCUGCUAACCCGGUCCCAUCAUCCCCUCCCAGAUUUUAACACUGCUCAUGGAUUUGUGUUGCACCUUACACUAUAUGAAGGACACUUUCAGACCAACACAGAUGUCGUCUUGUACAAACUUGCCCAUAUGAACUUGUGCUUCGCAAUGUUUGUAACUAAGAACCUUUUGGUGUUCAUCUGGUUUAGUCUGUAUUAUUACAUUCAAAAAUGAAUACUCAUGGUUUUGAUUGUACAUCUAUAAAGGACUCAGGGUUAAGGGUUCACAAGUUUGAGGUGUUCACAGAAUUUGAUUUGCAUAACUACAUUUACUGAAUCACAUAAUGUAAAUAUCACCCAUUUUGCCAUCAACGGCACCAUAUAGAAUGGUGGUUUUCAAGCUAGAGGCCCUCAGCAAACUUCAAAGGGGCCUCAAAAUGACUUAAAUUGAUUUGAACCAAUACAAGCAUUAAAACAUCUAAAGACAUUUCUUAUUUUAAUAUACUUCUUUUUUCAUUGGAAGAACCAGUUCACACGGUCUAAUAAAAAGUGGGUAUAUGAGAUGGACUCCUUUUUAAAAGUGAUUUCUACAGCUGGAAAAGUCAUGUAAAUUAAUUAAACUAUUAGAAAAGCUCUAAAAUAUUUACAUGCUUUUGUCAAGCUCUAAAAAAUUGUAUAGGGUACAAAUGGUGUAAAA